AUGAAUACAAUGAUUGGCCCUGUGCAUUCUGGGGAGACGGAACCCCCGCGCAGUAUUCCCAGCCCGCCAAGACCACUGCUGAGGAAUCUCUCCGCACUUCUCUCUGCCUUCGACUGCACCCAACAGCCUGAUCAGCCCCUACUGGGAGUGUCUAUCAUGGCUUCUGAGUCGUCGCAGCUUGAUAUUACCACCCCUCAGGCUGGGAAUCCAGAACAGGAUGCCACCCUGGGUGAAGAGAGUGCAAAGAGGAAAGCGGAACAGACCAACGGAACUCAUACGCGCACCAAGCGGAAUCGCUACAUAUCCAUUGCCUGUAAUGAAUGCAAACGGCGCAAGAUCAAGUGCAAUGGCCAGGUGCCCUGCCAACGCUGCGGCCAUCUAAAUCUGGAAUGUCGAUAUGCGCCCAAUUGCUGCAAUAAUAACUUCAAGGACUCUGAGGAGUUCCGGUCGAUGAAAGAUCAGAUCACAAACCUCCAGGACCAAGUGAACAAUCUGUUCACUAGCCUCAAUGACCUUCGCAGCCAUAAAUCGUCCCUCGACUCACCAAAUCUCGAGAAUCUCUCUCGAGAUGGCUCACAGUCGGUUUUCACCCCAAUCCACACGGCUCCCGUCCGGCCUCGUAUGCGACACCCUCGCUUCCACGGACCCACCAGUUCGGCUUUCAACUUCGAUGUCGCCAGAUCCAGUCUUCAAAAUAUGGGCAUUGCACCGGCCGAAGAAGUCAUCAACGACGACCUGAUAACAGCACAUGCCACGCCAGCCGGCUCACCGCCAGCCCAGCACGCGGUGUUCGCACACCCCAUACAUCCAACCAAAGAUCCAAUAUGGGCAAUCAAACGAGAGGAGGCUAUACGACUAUGUCAUGUCUACGAGGAGGAGGUUGGUAUUAUGUAUCCACUCGUCGACAUCGAAAAGGUGACCCACCAAGUGAACCUGCUUUAUACGUUUAUGGAGGCGGCGAUGCGGACUGGGUUUACGCAGCGAGCCCACCCAGGCUCGGAUGCCUUUCAUGAUGACAACACAAAUCUUCUGAAGAUGAUCCUCGCUAUCACAUUGAUCGUGGAAGGAAGCGGGCAGAGUGAACUGGGCCAACGAUUAUACAUGAGUGUCAAGCCUGUCAUUGAAGCGAAGCUUUGGGGCCCGCUUGACGUUAAGACCAUCCAACUCUUUGGCAUGAUGGCGACGUAUCAUUUCCACACGGAUGAUGACGCCAUGGCCUACCGUGUGAUUGGUCUCGCCGCACGGAUGUGCCUUGAGCUGGGACUACACCGACGGGAGGCGUUGAUGAAAUCCUUUCCGAAUGAAGAUCAGUGGUCUGAUGUGACCCGGAUCUUCUGGACAAUCUACAGCCUGGAUAGACGUUGGAGCCUCGGCACAGGUCUACCCUUUGUGAUUCAGGACGAGGAUAUUGAUCCGAAUCUACCUGAGCCGGUUGCAUCGUUACCUUAUUUGAGGUGUAUGGUGUCCUAUAACCGCAUCAGCUCAAAGAUCUGGUACUCCGGACUUGGUUCGGAGGGUACGACAGAUGUACGGAGAGACGAAAUUGGUUAUUUGGACUACCAGGUCCUCCAGUGGUAUAAGCAAGUUCCGGAUGCAUUGAGAUUUUAUCCUGGCGAAUCUCCAAAACACGUCGAGUCGGCAAGCCGAGGCUUGCGGCGGUUGCGAGUCCUCCUAUAUCUGCGCAUGAGCCAACUUCGGAUCCUAAUUUAUCGGCCAGUACUACAUUCAUCGGCGAGCAUUGCAGAAGACAAAGGCCACGCCCAAACCGUAGUGGACGUUGCCAAGGACACGGUCCGAGUGCUCACCCAGCUCAAUCAUACUUCCGACAUCUACCGGAGCCAGCAGAUCACUUUCAACUACUUUCUUGUAGCUGCUCUCGCGGUGCUUUUCCUUGCCGUAUGCCAUGCGCCGAAUGAAUUCAACCGACAGGUACGGGACGAGUUCUACAUGGCUCUCGAUCUCAUCAAUGGCUUCAGCACCAAAUCCUAUGUGUCAAAGAGACUGUGGAAGACGAUCAAAGGCCUUCGGAUGAUUGGAGAGCGGCUGGGUGUGCUGGCGCGCCCCUUUGGAUCGGAUUCAAACGACCCACAUUCGACAGCGGCCGUGGCCAUGGCUGGCCUGGCCGGUCACCCCAUCGAGGAUCUGUCGGUCUACGGCCCCAUGAAUGGGGUGAACGAGCUGGGCAAUAGCCCCUUGAACGGGUUGCAGAUGAGCCAUGAGCUCACCAACCUGUUUGAGGCUGUCGGAGGAUUCAGCAAUUUCAUUACAUCCGGCACCGGCGCCGAAGGCAUCAAUGGGUUUGUGGGCCAUGAUGGCGAGAUCCAGAAUACGGGUGAGGGAUUAUCGGGCGUUUUUGGUGAUGAGGGAGAGCUUUCACGGGUUAUCAGAGAGCUGUUCUGA